GUACAUUAUGUGUGCACUUUGUUAUUUAUACCUUUUAAUGUGAAAAACAAUCAUUCAUGUCUUCUCAGUUCAACACUUACCUAGAAGAUCUCGCUGUCUCCAUUGUCUUGACUUUCCAUCCAGAGCACAUAUGGAGUCAACUCGCUGGCAAGUCGGGGCCCGUCGUCUUCUUUCUAGUCAAAGUGCAUUUGUGUAAAACGAGACCAAGGAGGAAAAAUACUCCACUGCAAUUAAUGCAUCAGAAAAAGAUUUUUCAGUUCAACAUUUAAUGUGUCAGAGAGAUGUUCAUGGUUGUGAUCUGACCCAAAUGUAUCACUGGCCUCAGUCCCCACUGAGCUCAGGCUGAGAUGUUUGUUUCAUUCAGACCCAAUUAGUUUAUUGUUUUUUCCUUUCAUUAAGUCCCUUAUAGACUUGGGAUAUAUUUUUUCCCCGAACCCAUUUAAAGCUCGUAGUGAAGUUUUUUUUUUUUUUUUAAAGCUUUGGAUGAAAUGAAGUAAAGCUGCUUCCCUCCCGCUGUCCCCUUUCUUUUGGGUCUCUCUCACAUGCACACACAGCUCUGCUCUCGAGACACUGCACCCCUGCUCAGCAGCCGCUGCUCCAGUUCCCACAAGCUCCGGCACAGCUCAUUUCAGAAAGCACUUGUGAGGGAAGCAGACCCAAGAUAAAAGUUAAUUAGGACCCUGGCAGCAGCGGAUCAGACAAAACAACGGAGAUGGUGUCAGAGGAAUAACUUGACAUUUUGGACUUCAGUGUUUUCUCCCUGAUCCGGCUCGUACGGUUCCACGGCCGGCUUCAAGUUCCCCGCGUUGCCCCUCGAUGCUCCACAAAGGCGUUAAACCAUGAGAGACGAAGAUGACUUCCUGAGUCUCAGCGAGCUCCCGGAAACCUUCCCCUCGGACCCGCCGGAGCCGUUACCUCACUUCCUGUUCGAGCCCGAGGAGGGCUACAUCGUGAAGAACAAGCCCGUGGACCUGUACUGCAAAGCCACGCCCGCCACGCAGAUCUACUUCAAGUGUAACAGCGAGUGGGUCCACCAGAAGGACCACACAGUGGAGGAGAGGGUGGACGAGAACUCAGGUCUGGUGGUCAGAGAGGCCAGUAUAGAAAUAACACGGCAGCAAGUGGAGGAGCUGUUUGGGCCUGAAGAUUACUGGUGCCAGUGUGUGGCCUGGAGCUCGGCCGGAACCACCAAAAGCCGAAAGGCCCACGUCCGCAUCGCAUACCUGAAGAAGUCCUUCGAGCAGGAGCCUCUGGGAAAGGAAGUGUCUCUGGAGCAGGAGGUGCUGCUGCAGUGUCGCCCUCCGGAGGGCAUCCCCGCCGCCGAGGUGGAGUGGCUGAAGAACGAGGACAUCAUCGACCCGGCCGAGGACAGGAACUUCUACAUCACCAUCGACCACAACCUGAUCAUCAAACAGGCGCGUCUGUCGGACACGGCCAACUACACGUGCGUCGCCAAGAACAUCGUGGCCAAGAGGCGGAGCACGACGGCCACGGUCAUCGUCUACGUGAACGGCGGCUGGUCCACGUGGACGGAGUGGUCUGCGUGCAACAGCCGCUGCGGCCGCGGCUUCCAGAAGAGGACCCGCAGCUGCACCAACCCCGCCCCCCUGAACGGAGGCCUGCCCUGCGACGGACAGGCCAUCCAGAAGCUGCCCUGCACCUCGCUGUGCACCGUGGACGGGGUGUGGACGGAGUGGAGCAAGUGGUCGGCCUGUGGGACGGAGUGCACGCAGUGGAGGAGGAGGGAGUGCAACAACCCGGCCCCCAAGAACGGAGGCAAGGACUGCGAGGGGCUCGUCCUGCAGGCCCAGAACUGCACCGACGGACUCUGCAUGCAAAGUUCAUUGUUUCAGACGUCCAGUGAGCCCAAAGAAAAGAGUGAUUUGGGAAUCCCAUCUGCUCCCAGCACCGACGACGUGGCUCUGUACGUGGGCAUCGUCAUCGCCGUCAUCAUGUGCCUGGUCAUCUCCGUCAUCGUGGCGCUCUUCGUCUACCGCAAGACGCACCGGGACUUUGACUCCGACAUCAUCGACACCUCGGCGCUCAACGGCGGGUUCCAGUCGGUCAACAUCAAAACGGCCAGAUCGGCCGACCUGCUCACGGCCCCUCCCGACCUCACCAACGCCGCCGCCAUGUACCGCGGCCCGGUCUACGCGCUGCACGACGUGUCCGACAAGAUCCCCAUGACCAACUCGCCUCUGCUGGACCCGCUGCCCAACCUGAAGAUCAAGGUGUACAACUCCUCGGGCCUCGUCACGCCGCAGGACGACCUGGGAGGCGACUUCGCGUCCAAGCUGUUUCCUAAGGUAACGCAGUCUCUCUUAGACAACAGCGACACCCUGAACCUUCGGAACCACACCCUAGCCCGGACCCGCGAUCCGUCCUGCACGGCCCACGGCUCCUUCAACAACCAGGGAGGACACCUCAUCGUGCCCAACUCCGGCGUGAGCCUGCUGGUUCCGGCGGGCGCUGUUCCUCAGGGCAGGGUGUACGAGAUGUAUGUGACCGUGCACAGGAAGGACGGCUUGAGACCCCCGGUCGAGGACGUCCAGACGGUGCUGAGCCCAGUGGUCAGCUGCGGACCUCCAGGAGCCCUGCUGACCAGACCAGUGAUCCUCACCAUCCACCACUGCGCCGACAAUGUGCAGGAGGACUGGCUCAUCCAGCUGAGGAACCAACUGGCCAUGGGAGAGUGGGAGGACGUGGUUGUGGUGGGAGAGGAGAACUUCACCACCCCCUGCUACGUUCAGAUGGACUCGGAGGCGUGCCACAUCCUGACGGAGACGCUGGGCACCUACUGCCUGGUGGGCCAGUCCAUCAGCAAGGCGGCGGCCAAGAGGCUCAAGCUGGCAGUUUUUGGACCCAUCUCCUGCACGACGCUGGACUAUCACAUCAGGGUCUACUGUCUGGACGACACGCAGGACGCACUCAAGGAGGUUCUUCAGAUGGAGACCCAGAUGGGAGGGAAGCUUCUGGACGAGCCGAAGACGCUCAACUUUAAGGACAGCACACACAACCUGAGGCUGUCCAUCCACGACGUGCCGCACGCGCACUGGAAGAGCAAGCUCGUCGCCAAGUACCAGGAGGUCCCAUUCUACCAGGUGUGGAGCGGCAGCCAGAGGAGCCUCCACUGCACCUUCACCCUGGAGCGGCUGAGCGCCGCCACCGCGGAGAUCAGCUGCAAGCUGUGCGUGCGGCAGGUGGAGGGCGAGGGCCAGAUCUUUCAGCUCAGCAACACGCUGGAGGAGGAAGUCCAGUGCAUAGACACGUCCCUGAUGGACCCUGCCAGUAACAUCACCACCUUAGUGGGGCCUAAUGCCUUCCGCAUUCCUUUGUCCAUCAGACAGAAGCUGUGCGGCAGCCUGGACGCGCCCCAGACCAGAGGGAACGACUGGAGAAUGCUGGCUCACAAGCUGCAGCUCGACAGGUACCUGAACUACUUUGCCACCAAGUCCAGUCCGACCGGCGUGAUCCUGGAUCUGUGGGAGGCCCAGCAUUUCCCCGACGGAGACCUGAAUGAACUGGCGGCGGUGCUGGAGGAGAUGGGCCGCCAUGACAGUAACCUCGCCGCCAUGACAACGGAACACUGAUGGAGCAACGCCGCCGCUUUGACAAUGACAGAACUCUGGAGACGAUUACACGUGAAUUCUCGACGGCAGAUACUGCAGCGAGGGCAAAGAACCAAUUAGGUGUGAGCAGGAGAAAAGUUGUCGCCAUGGCGAUCGAGCAGCGGUUAAAUACCAUGGUAAUCAUGCCGCCAUGGUAACGGCCGGCAAAGGGAGGUGCGCGGGCCGGUGCUAUUUGUGAUUUUGUGCAAUGUUGCAGUGUCGUGUGUGAGCGAGGAGCCGGUCUGGCACACGGGCCGAGUCCAUCGGGAGGAAAGAAGCAAACACAUGCCUAAAAAAACCCUGUCCACUCUAACGCCAGUUGUUGUUGUUCUCUUGCUCUUACUUUACACUGAGAAAACAGGGGGGGGGGGGGGCAGCAGAGGUUCUGACCUUGAAAAACCUCCGUAGGAAUGGAACAGAAUCGUAAAUUGAGAGGAGCUAAAGUGAUUACAGGGGAGUGGGAGCAGGCAGAUUGAGGAAAAAGAGAGAAUGAGCUCCACUCUUCAGCAAGAAGAGGGGAAACAGAGAGGAACUAAAGUGAUUACAAACGUGAGGGAGGACGUGGACACGAAGUGAUGGAAGGAGCUGCAAGUGAUCGUCUGUAAGAACAGAUGGGGGGGUCCCACUGUCCUCCCGCGAGCCUUGGCUGUACGUGUUUGCCAGUACAGUUUGUUGUCUUUAUAUCGUUUCCUAGGGAACGCUCUAUGUAUUCUGCUGUCCAUAUGUGUGGAUCAUUUCCUGCUAUCGGAGCGACGGUCGGUCCAGGGUCCUGAGCAGAAACAAGCCAGACACAAACAGCGGCACUAGUCAGAGACGGUGCUCUCGCUUUCCUGGGUUAAAUGUCGAGUCCGUGGCUUUUUUUUUUAAUGCAUGAACACCUUGAAUCAUCCAGGUCGUGACUCUUGCAGCGUCCACUGUAUUUGCUGUCCUCGUGCCUCUAAUCGUCUUUUUAAAGCCAGUCCAAAGAGAAUCGCGCUCCUGACGGACGCGCGUGAACCCGUGAAUGCGUCACUCGUGCGCUCGUGACAGACCUGUGAACGUUGUCCCUUCGGAGGAUUUUGCCGCCGGUCAGUGAGGCGCUCCCAUGCACACGUGGGCGCAUUGUUGGUUUUAAAAGGAGCCAUCACUUUGCUAACGUCAGCACUGCACAUAGUGAAGUUUCUGUUCCGUGUUUUUGCACUUGCCGGACGUUCACAACAAGCCAUUGUAGAAGCCUGAAGCGAUGGCAUUUACCAAACCUAAUGUUGACACACCAUCGGCUCCUCUGAACUCUUUGGGACCAGAGGGGGACGAACCUCAGACUCCAGAACUUGAAACUGUGGGGCUUGUUUCUGAACAGGGUCCAGCGUAGAAAUAAAGGAAAAGGAGGCAAAAAGGGACAAUUUAAAAAGUGUUUUAAAUACACCGAUAUACAACAGACCAUAGUAUUAUGUGAAAGUGAAUUAAAUACAACUGUUAUCACGCAUUACUGCUAAAUGUACCCAGUAUAGUACGUUUUUUUUUUAUUUCACUAACACAUAUGUUCCUUUCAUAAUAUUAUUUUUGGUUGCCCCAUCACCACAGGAUGUCAGUUACUGUUCGUGUCACGUGUGAUCACCCCCAUGACUUUUCUGGUCACUAGCACCAUCCAGUGGCCUUUGAAGAAUAACAGCGUUUACAUUUUCUGUGCACCUGAAACGUGUAAAUACAUUAUUAUCAUAUUCAUAACCUUCUAUUAUCGUGGUAUGUUUGUUCAGUGGUCAUUAUCAUAUUAUUUACAUUAGCAUUAUUAUUAUUAUUAUUAUUUUCUCUUAUGCUUUAAUGUUUUGUUGUUAAAGGUGUGGACUGUGUGGAAAAGAGGGCAAAGGUCUAGUUUGUCUCAGAUCAACAUUCCAGCUCAUGGUGUAUUUGUUGUGACGGCUGCAAUUCAGAGCAAAGAAACAAGAUGAGCGCUGAAGGGGCCGAUGUAAAAUCAAGUGUAAUAUAUGUGUGCUUUGCAGAAUCUCAUUGUGACUAAUGCUGGCGUUCAAGCGGACGCGCUGACUGGGGUCAACAGUGUCUGACGAAGAGGUCGAUAGUCGCGCUUGGAGCCGUGUUUUUAGUGGCUUUGGAUUAGUUGUCAGAAAACGGCCUCUGGUCACUAACGAAACAACAACCUGAGCUCUGGGUUCGAAAACAUAUUCACCUUCUGGGAUGAAGAUAUUUCCGCUGUGGGCUAUGGAGAGACGCCAUAUGAAACCAAACAUCAGGUACAGUACGUGGAGGAGCCACUGAGGGGGGCGCUGUAAACAAAGGGCAGAUCUUUACCCCGUCGUGCCACAUCUCUCCUUGUGGCUCCAAACAUCGAUUCUUGUCCCGCAUAGAUUUUUCUGUCUCUUAAGUCGGUGAAACGUGUGCACGUCGGGACUCGGACGUGCUGCACCGCUGUAACACCGGGAGCGGGAGUUACAGUAACGGGCGCGACGAGACGGAGGGGAAGUCAGUAAAAAGGUCCACUCAUCAGCUGAGUUUGUUGCAGAACACAAACCCAAAGGUCACGACGUGAUGAUGAUGAUGAUGAUGGUCAGCAUCUCCGUUUAACUGGAAGGAGCAGUAACACUAACACUUUACCAGCAGGGCGGACUGAGAGCAGGAGCUUUCAUGUGAGGAGAGAGUCCUCACGUUAAAAUAAAGAAAGUAUGUACAAUUAUUUUCUAUCCACACUAUGUACAGUUGUGUACUGUCGGCUGUAUUUGGCAUAUUGCAGAGUAUAAAACAGAGCAGUACACUUAGAUUCUAGUUUCUAUGUUUCACGUUCUUUUAAGUUUUGUUCCUUCUUUGUAAAAGCAGUGUCUACUAUGCAAACUCAGCAUUGGUUAUCAUGAUAGAGGUCUAUGACUAGAGUUGUCCUUGUAAGUGCAUUAUUAUUUUGAAUAUUUGAUUAGUGUGGGGUAGUGUUUCCAUUGUAGCUAAUUCUGGCACGCUUCAUGAAUCUUGCUCAAUCUUGCUGAAUGCUCGCCUCUAUCUCCUCUAAUUGUUCUCUGUACAAAGUGUAAGAAAGAAUUUUUAAGACAAUUAAUAAAUUAUAUUUAUAAGCAA